GGAGUGUCGUUGUUUCGCCAGUUUAAAAUUCCUCUUGAGGAUAAGUGUAGUAUGGCGAUACAGUGAUAACAUUAUCGUUUAUUGGUUCACUUCUGCACAUGGUACUGAUCGUACAGUGCCAGAGUAGUUAGAAAACACUGUGCCGCCAAAAGCGUCGCUCCGGUUCUGUUGCCAUACGAAAACACGUUGAAUAUAGGAUUAUUAUCGAUUUUGGAACAACACAGUGAUCUUGCAGUUUCACCGUCAUUUUAGUUCACGAUGCAGCCUGACCUCGAAAAGCACGGAGCUUUGCCUGAAAUCGAAAAACUGAAAGUCUAUCCAAUCAGAUGGUUUAUUUUGGCGAUAUUCGUUCUUUAUUCGACAUCAAAUGCGAUGCAAUGGAUUCAAUACUCCAUUAUAGCCGAUGUAAUAGUAAAAUAUUACGGAGUUUCAACGACGUGGGUUGACUGGACUUCCAUGCUUUAUAUGAUUUUAUACAUCCCGUUUAUAUUUCCUGGAAGUUACCUCUUGGAUAAAUUGGGAUUAAGAGUCGCAAUUCUUAUCGGAAUGGUGGGCACUUGUGCUGGGGCUUGGAUAAAGGUCGCCUCUGUCUCACCUGACCGUUUCUGGGUUGGCUUUUUGGGUCAGGGCAUCGUGGCCUUAUCUCAAGUUUUUGUAUUAUCAGUACCUGCAAGAUUAGCCGCUGUCUGGUUUGGCCCAACGCAAGUUUCAUCAGCUUGCAGCAUCGGUGUUUUCGGAAAUCAGUUAGGAGUUGCGUUGGGCUUUCUUAUACCACCGAUGAUUGUUAGUGGAGGAUCUGAGGAGCAAAUCACUCAUGACUUGUACAUGCUGUUUAUCGCUGUUGGGAUUUAUACUUCGGUUUUAUUAAUUUUGAUAAUAAUUUUUUUUAAAAGCGGACCUCCAACACCACCUUCUUAUGCCCAAGCUCAAGAACUUAAAAACGAAGAAAGUGGUAAUUUUGUUCAAUCACUCAGGAGUUUAGUCUCAAAUCGCUCAUACAUGCUUUUGUUAAUUUCAUACGGCAUUAACACUGGAAUUUUCUACGCUAUUUCAACCCUUCUUAACCAAAUAAUCCUCUUGUAUUAUCCGAACAGUGGAGAAGAUGCCGGAAGGAUCGGCUUAGUAAUUGUCGUUGCCGGAAUGCUUGGAUCGGUUGUUUGUGGUGUUGUUUUGGACCGAUUCCACAAGUUUAAAGAAACCACUCUUGCCGUUUAUGCGUUGUCUCUGGUAGGCAUGGUUGUGUACACUUUUACCCUCAAUGAAGGAAUCGGUGUUGUUUACUUCACAUCGGCUCUGCUAGGGUUUUUUAUGACUGGCUUACUGCCUGUUGGUUUCGAAUUUGCAGCCGAGUUGACGUAUCCAGAACCGGAGGGUACCUCAGCAGGACUAUUAAAUGCCUCCUGUCAAGUUUUUGGUAUUGCUUUCACGAGCAUUUAUUCAGUAAUUUUCAAUAACUUGAACGAUAUUUGGGCAAAUUCAAUAAUGUCUGUAAUGUUACUCAUUGGUACAAUAAUGACAGCUUUAAUAAAAUCGGACCUGCGACGACAGGCCGCUCAGAAUAAAUAAUUUUUUAAUAAGGCCAACACCAAAAGUAAAAAUAUCUCAUGAUUUUACAGACAAUAUGUGAUAAAAAUAGUAAGUUAUAUACUUCCAUAGGCUUUAGUUUCUAGUGAAAACAAGAGUUUAGUUUUAAGGAUUUUUAUACAAGAAAAUUACAACACGAGAGACAAUAAGUAUUUUGCUCUAAGAUUACUAUUUACUACCUACUUACCUACUUUUUAUUAUUAAACCACUUAAUUACGUGGAAAUGAUUUUUACAAAAACAUUUUUAUGUUGUAUUAUUUAGAUUUUUUUCAAGUUUUAAACACGUGUUAACUAUUAGCUUUUCUUGUACCAUCUUAUAGUGUAGUUUUAACGUUUCAAGUAUUUUAAUGAAAUCACAUAUUUCACAAUACAAACAUAAAUAUUUAUCACAACGACUGUGAAUAGACAAUAUUUAUCAAAUAAUUUACGCACUAAUCGUGCAUUUAUUUUAUAAAAAAAUCAUAUUGCCUAAAUAAAUGGGUACAUAUUUACUUUUUGAAAUAAAUUUUUAAAGAAUGAUAAAAAUAUGAAAUCAAUAAUAAAAAAAAUGAAUAUGAUUUUGAAAAAUUGAAAAGUUUUACAAAUGUAAGUCGAUAGAAAUCUUUGCAAAAACACAAUCAAGAAUGUAUUUUUUUCUUUAUAUUUUAUUAGUUAUUAAAUGUAAAUAAAAACAAAUUGAAAUUUUAAGGCGUAGAUCAUUGUUGAUGUUUACGUAAAAUUAUUUACGUAAAAAAAAUAAUAAUUACGAAGGUUUAUCUUAUUAAUUAAUUGAUUUUUUUUUAAUAAAUGUUCUAGUCUUUAGAUAUAAAUGUUUUAGUGGUUUCAGUGUUGCGUGAAUAGUGGCAUUUAAAAGAUUACCAAAAGUAUUUUUAACUAUAAUAUUGAGUUAGGCUACAUUUUUACCGUGUUCAGUUGAUUUGAAAUUAAAAUGUUAUGAUAAUGGUGCUGCAUGGUAAACUUUAGUGAUAUUGAAGUAGCUUUAUAGUUAUUAGGAAAAAUAUUUUUUGUGAUUAUCAGAGAAAUAUGUAUAAACAUGUAAAUUGUGCUGUUGUAGAUAUAGAUGAUAUUUUUGGAAACAUAUUGUUGAAUGUAUUUAAAAUAGCUGCGCACUUGUUAACAUUCACAAUAUCGUAGUGUAUUGCUGGUUGCCUAGUAGUUUCACAUAAAAUUCUAAAAAUGUUUUGUAAUUUCGCAAAACAGAGUGGUCGCUCAUUUGGAUUUAAUCCAGGUACAAACAAAUUUUAAGAAAACGCUUUAAAUGUGAUACUUUUUUGCUUGAGAUUUAUCUUGUAGUUGAUGUUAAUGUUGCUGUUAAAAAAAACAGAGAGUCAGCGAAAGUUUUAAUUUAAAAUUUUAAAUCAAACCUUAUUUAAACUGUACUCAAAUUGGAAGAUCUUGACAAUAAAGUACACUUAUAUGGUAAUGUAUGUUUGAAAUAAACGCUUUUGGAAACGAA